UCGCAUCACCACUUUCGCGUCGCAUCACCACACACACCACAGCCCCCACGCCGACGCAUGCUGCAUGGUAUGAUGAAGGGGGGAAGCCAUCGAAUGUCGCAUGCUGAACCUGCCACAAUGCAAUCGGUUGUCGCUCGGCCUUGAAUUGAUUACUGCUUGGCGCGUCUUGGCAAUCCUGCGAGGCUGCAAACGAACAAAGUCUGCAACGACCGCGAGCGAUGAGCGUACUCAGCAACGUUAACACACGCAGACAUCAUCAAUACAACAUGGCUUCUGCUUCUGAAGUUACCCACUCUGCUUUGCCAGACCCGCGCAAUUUCCACAAAUCGCUGGCUUCACAGCCUGACGCGACGGCCAUGUUUGAAGCAUGUGUCGCCAUGAGAGACAGGCUGUUGCAGUCUUUCGACGCCCAGCAGCAGCACAUGGAGCUGCUCUUUCAUUCCUUCGAGCGCGUCAUGUACGAGCUAUGUCAGCCAUACCGACAUCACCUGUCGCGCAGCUACGACGCGCUAGAAACCGACCACGACUCGCAAGCGUGGGCUCGAUUCCAGACCUUGGCCGAAAGAGGAAAGGAUUUGAAGCCACUGUGCAAGGCGCCACUGCGAACGGCCCGCAAGCGUUGGGGCGAUGACUGCGUCGAUCACUACGACUUCACUUCGACGAGCAUCGUCUUCUGCAAGGCUGCUGCCGCUGCUGCCAAGACGCACACUUGGCCCGCCAGUGUCAUCAAGCUGAAUCAGUUCCUCGUGCAACGAGCUCGAAAAGGGUGCGUGAGCGACUCGGCAAAUCCUCUCGAGCUGAUUGACCUCGAAGACCUCGGCCGCUGGCCAGACGCAGAACCCUUCGUCGAGAGAGACGGCAGCGGAAAUCCAAUCCGGUCCGUGGAGAACAAGGAGCUUCGCGCUGAUGAAGUGCCUGGCGGGUAUCGAUUCGAUCGCUUUGGACUGCUGGUACGGGCCGAAUACGGCAGUACAUCACAUCCGCCAAGCUUUCCCACGCCGAACCUGACCAAUGCCGAAUCCGCUUCUAUACCAGCGACACCUGAUGACGGGGCGGCAUGUGAAGACAAACCUACCACGCCGAGGUCAAGCAGGCGACGUGCAACGCUUGACGGGCUACACGAUACACCACCUACCGUGAACAAUCAAACUCCACAAAUAUCGCCCAAGGCUUCCUCCAAGGCAAGCAACGGACCGAAAGAAUGUUCCUGCAAAUUGGUAGCUUCUGAAUUGCUUCUCGCCUUGGAGUCCUCGUUGGAUGCUGAUGCAAUCGCGAAGCACGGAGCAGAACAGGCCCUGCUCUGCCCCCUACAUCUCGGACAAUAUGCACGAUCCUUGACCAACUUCAUAACCACGCAUCAUCUUCAAGAAGCCCGCCAACCUACCUCCGACUCAAGCGAUGCGCAAAAUGGACCAGUAUCCUCCCUCAAGCGACGACGCGACCUUGACGAUGACGACGGAAGUCCACGAUCGAAAUUGCAUCCGUCUGUAAAAGCAAAUACGUCCGAGCUGCUUGUGAGCCAUCCGGUUUCUCCGGAACUCUCCAGCCAUAGUUCAAGUCGGCCAAUCCACGAUAAAGGUGUUGAUGACCACUUCCUCAAUACGGUGUUGACUCAGUUACGCAAGAAAACACCCGAGAAGAGGACGUGGGAUGAACUCAAUACCCAUUCUAUGAUUUCAUUACUCAGCCAGGCCCAACAUCCUCGGACUACAGGGUCCGACACCGAGGUAUAUUUUCUUUCGGGCGUAGAGGCAGAAGGUCACCUCGAGCCGCACGUCACUCUGCAAGGUCCGGUAAUCUCCCAGCAUCAGCAGCCUUUUCAUUGGAACAAUGAGAAAGGUCCGCCCAUCAAGCAAAUUUUCGAACGCAUGGGUAACCUUGGAAGAGACGUUCCUGUACAAGAUCCCUCUCUAUUCGUGGAUGAAAUGUCGGCCAAAUCAAUGAGUCUCAGUCACAUCCGCGACAUCUUCCUCAACAACGAGACCUCUGACGCGGCGUUCAACGUGCUCGAGAUGCGCAACCCGCUGCCCCACUCCAUUUUCCCUCAAUUCCUAAAUGGGGAAGACUGCCACCUCCUGGGUCAAAUUCGUGACACCAUACUCGACGCCAGAACCGCCCAACGCAUCUCAACCUCGAUCGACAAGCUCAAGAAAUGGAAAGAUGAUGAGGAAUGGAUUCUCCUUGCACAAGGCGGCGCACUAACUCUACCGCAUCAAGACAGUUUUGGGAAGGGGACUUGGCUCACAGUUCAGGAAGGCCGUGUGGGAUUCGGCUGGCUGUCUCGCCCUACGCCACAGCAACGUAUCGCCUGGGCGCAGACCCCCAACGCUUAUGCUUCAUCCCAAUGGCGAUACGUUGUGAUUCACCCCGGACAAACAAUAUACUUUGAGCCAGGAACUAUUCACUUUGUAUUCCGCGAACAAAAAACUCCUACAUUGAUGUUUGGAGGCCAUUUGCUUCGCUGGUCGCGCAUUUCGGACUGGGUGCAACUUAUCCACGAUCAGCUACGAACCCCGAAUAUAUCGAACGAGGAUCUUGGUAGGCCUAUCUUGCGAGCUUAUGCUCAGGCUAUGCAACAACUUAUCAUGGAUCGGAAAUUAAGCAGGGGGGAGUCAUCGCAAGAGAUUGGCGUGUCAGAGGAUGUCGAACAGGAGAUUUCUAAACUCACUCGUAAGAGGGUUCAAAAGUAAGUCAGCUUCAAUGUCGCACAUGUUAUGCAUAUGAAGAUUGGACGGCCUACUACUUCGCGCAAGGAUGGUAGUGAAAAUGCAAAGGUCUUUUAUGGUAUGGAUCUAUUCUAAAUUGGGAUCUCUCGAUUGAAUGUCGCGUCCAACGAUCAGCCAGCUUCUCCCCCGAUGUCUUCUGCAAGUUGUUCCUAGAGACGG